UCCAAGAUGGCGAUGGGCACUAAACGAAGUGUUUAAAGUUUAUUAUUGUUCAUUUAUUUUAAUUAGAGUGCAUAACAAGUUGAAGAAUGAAUUCUUCACACGAGCAAAACGUUUUUCGCGUGAAGAAUUCGUGGAACGGGAAUUUCCCGAGCUUUCGGAGGCCAGAGGUCAUCGGCUACUGGAGUGUCAAUGGAUCGAGAGAUGUUUCCUACGAUUCAUCUCAACUGCAAUAUUAUUCACCUCCAAAAACCACAGAAGUCAGAUUCGAUUUGAAUCGAGGGAUCAAUUCAGUCCUGCGAAAACCUGAGGACCUCGAUGAGAGAAUUGACCAUCUCUUGCAGUGGAUCGGAAAGAAUUCUGAAAAAAUCAGAGCUAACCCAACGACAAAAAGAUGGCUGCAGCCAAAUUUCAUUUCCUAUCGCGGUUUGCUGACGAAAAUCAUGAAAACCCCCUAUGAUAUGAGAGAGGGCUGGAUAAUCUGUGCUUCUAAAUGGAGGGGAAGUAUCUACCUCUGCCAUUUUGAUACAGAGGCUGAUAAAGAGGAUAAGGCUAAUAUAACACCCAGGCAAAUGGCCAUGUGCUCCUGGGGAUUCAAAUUUGAGCAGUACAUCCUAACAGAGGUGCCAGGUGGAUCCCCAGAUCCUUUGAAACCUGUGAACGAGUGCGAGGAAUUCGAUUGUGUGUUUCAAACUCGCCUGAGGGAACAUGAACUUCUCUACGGGGGCGAAAUGGACGGGGUAUGCUCUGAUGAGAGAUUGCGAGACCCUCUACCCCUGGAAAAACUCAAAUUCGUGGAACUCAAGACUAGCAGAAUCCUAGAGAACGACCGCCAGUGGAUGAACAUGCAGAGGCACAAAUUUCUCAAGUGGUGGUGCCAGAGUUUUCUCGUUGGAAUUGAAGACAUUCUCUGUGGAUUCAGGGAUGAUUCCGGGAUUAUUAGACAAUUGGAGAACUAUAAAGUAUCUGAUAUAGCACGGAAUAGUCAGAAAUAUUGGAAAGCUGCUGCAGCAAUGAACUUUUGUGAUAAUUUUCUACGGCAUGUUGCUAGUACCGUGAGGAAUGAUUGUGACAGGACGGUUUAUAAAUUUGAGAGAAUCCCAAACGGCGAUAUUUAUCUGACUGAAGUCCCCCCAACUUCGGAUUAUGCGUUCCUGCCUCCUUGGUUCAGGGCAAUCCGCUGAAUGUGCACAGACUGAGUGAAAAUGCUAAUUCUAUUUUGAAUACAUGCUUUCGUUGUUAUUUCAAAGUGUGAAUGGCGUUUGUCGUGAUUUGUAUCUAAUGUAUCUA